GUCCUCUUUAAUCCCGGUCCGCGCGGAGUUUCCUGUCAGUGAGCCACUCGAACCGAACCCAAACCGAACUUCAUCUCUUCAGUGAACCAUGGGGCCGACAGGUGCGGUGGUGUUUGGCAGCUCGGUGCCGGUCUGUGCAGAGAACCGGCUCCACUGGGACCUGAGUCCAGAACGGAUCCGGCAGCUGUCAGACGAGCUCAUCAGCAGGACCAAGGAGGUCUACGACCAGGUGGGGGCCCUGGACCUGGACGGGGUCUCCUUUGAGAACACCCUGAAGGCCCUGGCAGACGCAGAGGUGGAGUACACAGCUCUGCAGAAGAAGACGAGCUCUGAAAGCUUCAGCCCAGAGGCCAAACGCUACAUGGAGCGUCUGAUCAAACUGGGCCGGAGGAACGGCCUCCACCUGCCCAGAGACACGCAGGAGGAGAUCAAGACCAUCAAGAAGCAGCUGAGCAACCUUAGCAUCGACUUCAACAAGAACCUGAACGAGGACACCACCAGCCUGUCCUUCAGCAGAGACCAGCUGGGUGGUCUCCCUGAGGACUUCCUGUCCUCUCUGGAGAAGGAUGGAGACAAGCUGAAGAUCACUCUGAAGUAUCCUCAUUAUUUCCCCACCAUGAAGAAAUGCUUCGUCCCAGAGACCCGACGGACCCUGGAGGAGGCCUUCAACUCCCGCUGCAAGGAGAGAGGGGAAGUACGGACACGCGGCCUGCUUCGGCCUGCAGCCCGGCUGCCUGCUGCCUGACGGCACUCGGCAGAUGUCGGUGGCGGCCAUGGUGGCGAACUUCAGCAAGCCGACGGCGGACGCUCCGUCUCUUCUGCAGCACGACGAGGUGGAGACCUACUUCCACGAGUUCGGCCACGUCAUGCACCAGCUGUGUGCUCAGGCGGACUACGCCAUGUUCAGCGGGACCCACGUGGAGCGGGACUUCGUGGAGGCGCCCUCUCAGAUGCUGGAGAACUGGGUCUGGGAGCGGGACCCCCUGCAGAGGAUGUCCAAACACUACAAGACCGGGAAGCCCAUCCCCGAGGACCUGCUGGACAAGCUCAUCAAGUCCCGCCUGGCCAACACCGGUCUGUUCAACCUGCGGCAGAUCGUCCUGGCCAAGGUGGACCAGGCCCUGCACACCAGGACCGGCCUGGACCCGGCAGAGGAGUACGCUCGUCUCUGCGAGGACAUCCUGGGUGUCCCUGCGUCUGCAGGAACCAACAUGCCGGCCACCUUCGGUCACCUGGCGGGCGGCUACGACGCUCAGUACUACGGCUACCUGUGGAGCGAGGUGUUCUCCAUGGACAUGUUCUACGCCCGCUUCAAGCAGGAGGGCAUCAUGAACCCACAGGUGGGUCUGGACUACAGGAAGUUCAUCCUGCAGCCCGGCGGCUCCGAGGACGCCUCAGAGAUGCUCAGGAAGUUCCUCGGGCGAGAACCCAAACAGGAAGCCUUCCUCCUGAGCAAAGGGCUGACGCUGGAGCUGGACGCCAACGCCCCCUGUCCCUGCUGACCAAUCACAGCCUGGCUCCGCCCACUCCACCCAGGGCCAGCACUCAGAACCACAGACUGAGGUUUUGUAGAAAAAUACUGUAAAAUGUUCUGAAAGUCCAGAAUAAAAAGAUCUGAGGUGA